GAAAUGAAGAAACCCCAUUGGGUUGUUCAAUAAUAUAUACCAAGACUAACAGAGCAGGGAAAGGAUGACAGUAGCCCGCAGGCAAAAGUAAAGCACCUGAAAAGCAUAGUUUUUCCAGUUAUACACUUCUUCUUCUUUUCAAUUCUUUUAAUGCCAUAAACCCAUUCUUCUCAUCUUCUGUCUCUCAAACCAACUCCAUCUGUUCUUGCAAAUAAAAAAUGGGGUGCUGUUUCACAAAAGCUAGUAAGAGUCAAGUUCCAAUAUUUUUAUCAACUGACUCUUCUUCUACAAAGUAUAUGUCAAUACCCAUUAUAUAUGAUGAUGAUGAAGCAGAAGAAAAAGUUGAACAUGAAGCAAGGGCUGUUCCAGAUUUGGGGCCUGUUCUGGGAAAGCCUUACGUGGAGAUCGCCAAGCUGUAUGAGCUUGAGAGAGAGCUGGGGAGAGGGCAGUUUGGGACAACAUAUCUGUGUACAGAAAAGGCUACAGGAUCGAAAUACGCAUGCAAAUCCAUUUCAACAGGCAGGCUGGUGAAGAGUGAAAAGGAAGUAGCAGACAUGAGGAUGGAGGUCAGGAUGCUUGAGCAUUUGAGCGGGCAGCCCAACAUUGUGGAGUUCAAGGGAGCGUAUGAGGACAGGAACCACCUGUAUUUGGUGAUGGAGCUUUGUUCUGGCGGGGAGCUCUUCGAUCGGAUCACCGCCAAGGGGAGUUACUCCGAGAAAGAAGCUGCUCGGAUUGGGAGACAGGUUGUGAAUGUGGUUCAUGCUUGCCACUUCAUGGGAGUUAUCCAUAGGGACCUCAAACCAGAGAAUUUCUUGCUUGUCACCAAAGAUGAUCAGUCCCCCUUAAAGGCCACAGAUUUUGGACUCUCUAUCUUCAUUGAGGAAGGGCGAGUGUUGAGGGAUAUUGUGGGAAGUGCAUAUUAUAUUGCUCCUGAGGUGUUGACACGGAACUAUGGCAAAGAGAUAGAUGUCUGGAGUGCUGGAGUUAUACUAUAUAUCCUUUUGAGUGGAUUUCCUCCCUUUUAUGCUGAAACGGAGAAUGGCAUUUUUAAAGCAAUCUUGAAGGCUCGGCUUGAUCUUGAAAGCAAUCCAUGGCCAUCAAUAUCUCCAAGUGCAAAGGAUCUUAUCAGGAAAAUGUUGACCGUGGACCCGAAACGACGAAUAACUGCAGCUGCCGCCCUUGAACACCCAUGGCUCAAGGAAGAUGGCGACGCAUCAGACACGCCUAUCAAUAGUGUUGUUUUGAUCAGAAUGAAGCAAUUUAGAGCAAUGAACAAGAUGAAGCAACUUGCUCUAAAGGUCAUUGCAGAAACCAUGCCAGAAGAAGAAAUUAAGGGGCUGAAGGAGAUGUUCAAGAACAUAGACACGGACAGAAGUGGCUACAUCACGCUUGAUGAACUCAAAACCGGGCUGGCUAAGCUGGGCUCUAAGCUCUCAGAAGAUGAAAUAAAACAGCUGAUGGUUGCUGCUGAUAUUGACAAGAGCGGGACAAUAGACUACAUUGAAUUCAUCACUGUUGCAAUGCAUCGGCAUAGGCUUGAGAACGAAAGCAACUUGUUGAUGGCUUUUAAUCAUUUCGAUAAGGACAGAAACGGAUACAUUACCCGAGAAGAGCUUAGGCAUGCUAUGAAAGACUACGGAAUGGGGGAUGAAGCUACGAUUGGUGAGAUCCUUAAUGAUGUGGAUACAGAUAACGUAAGAAAACUCGUACCCAAACAUUUUCCUCUGAUUGAAUACUAGUAUUUGUAUAUACUGAAAGUUUACUAUGUAGGAUGGAAAGAUCAACUAUGAUGAGUUCAAACAGAUGAUGAGGAGGGGUACUGUAGAGAAUAAAGGCAAACAAUGAUAGGAGUAAUAUUAAUGAUGUUGUUUACAUCAUUUGAAGUGAUAACAGUUGAUGCUUAAUAUUUUCAAUUUAUUGUAUAUUUUUUACAUUGGGUUUUGAUGGACGUGCAAACAUUGUAACCACCUUAAGCCAAUAACUCUUCCACCACUGAGUGUAAUCAAUGUAGAAAUGAUUUGUACCAAAUUUGGUUUAACAAUGUACAAAUGUUGAGGUCAUUUUCCAAUAAUUUUCGUACUAGUUUUUCACAUGUGCGUUGCACGAGAAGUUAAUGAUGAAUGCUAUAAAUGUAAAUUAAUUUCUGGUUUUAUGAAUGUGUAUGUAGGAUUGAAUUAUAA